GGCGCGGCAAUAUUUUUCCUCCACAUAUUUUAUUUACUAUAUUUAUUUAUUUAAUUUUUUCAAGACAAAAUUGGAGAACGAUGACCACAUAUCUUACCAAGAACAUAUGGACAAUUAAACGUGUCUAAUAAUUGAAGUAGCAAGGUAGCUGACGAGCUAAUAAAAAAAACACAAAACAAGAAACACACAAUAGAAAACGAGAACAAUAGCCACGCUCUACCCAGAUUCUCUUUCAUUUUGAAAGAGACGUUUAAACUGCGAAAUACUUUAUUUUUAUUUUUUACAAAACGCUUUCUCUCGAAAUCAUGUGCCGUUUUGAAGACCUCAAGAAGACGUUGGAAGACGUUUGAGAGACCAAGAAACAGGGAGAGGGGUCAAAGAAAGGAGUGAAUGGCACAAAAAACGCUCUGUGUUGCGUCUUGAAAUGUAUUGUUACAUACCCAUUCGGCAAUCCUUUACAUCUCUGCCUAAUCUAGAGUAGAGGGAACACGGGCAAGAAGGGAAAAUCUAGCUAGCUUUCUAGCUACCAUUAUUACUGUAACAACAUGGAACGCAUGUGAACGUGCCACACAGGACCCAGAAUCAGCAAGAAAGGCUGCAGGAGAAAGAAACAAGGAAGCGAUCCCCUAACAGCUAAUAUCAAAGCUAGCUAGCUAACUGUUGGCUAAUAAUAUUAUUUCUAAUGCGCGACCAAGGAGUAUGCGACUCGAUACCAAGAGUUGACUGCAGAGGGAAUGUCAGGCAGUAAGGCUCUGGGAGGGGCACGGCGGCGGCGGACGCGGUGCCGGCGCUGUCAGGCCUGCAUGCGGACAGAGUGCGGCGAGUGCCACUUCUGCAAGGACAUGAAAAAGUUUGGCGGGCCCGGAAGGAUGAAGCAGUCCUGUCUGCUCCGACAGUGCACAGCGCCUGUGUUGCCCCACACGGCAGUGUGCUUCUCGUGUGGGGAGGCGGGGAAGGAGGACACGGUGGACACAGAAGAAGAGAAGUUUAGCCUCUCUCUGAUGGAGUGUACCAUCUGCAACGAGAUCAUCCACCCCAGCUGCCUCAAGAUGGGUAAAGCAGAAGGCAUCAUAAACGAUGAAAUCCCGAAUUGUUGGGAGUGUCCAAAAUGCCACAAGGAAGGCAAGACCAGUAAGGACGGGGGUGAUGGCUCAGGGAAGAGGCGGAUGGACAACGGGGAGGUGGGCCGAUGGAAGCUGACGGACGAUCCUCCGCCCACCAAAAAGAAACCCCCCUCCUCUUUAGAGGACGGGGGAAGGCAGGAUGGUCACAAGAGGAAGAAGGAGAAGGAGCUGCCCCAGGACAGCGGCCCCAAAAAGAAGAUGAAAGGGGCCCAUGAAAAACGCUUGAAAAAGAAACAGAAGCCCAAUGUGUCAGAGACUGCAGAGUCCAAUGGGCCCAACUCCUCCACCGGAGGCGGCCAGGGUUCCGGAGGGGGUUCCAACUCCACGCAGUCCCCCACCUCCACGGCCAGCCAGGACCUGCGCUCGCACCACCGCGAGAAAUUGGAGCGCUUCAAGCAAAUGUGCCAGCUUCUUGAGCGUGUCCGCGAGUCCAGUUCAUCGAGCUCGUCUACUUCCGAGUCCGACUCGGAGUCCGACUCUGACUCGCCUUCCGGUUCAGAUGGCCGCCGCGGCUCUGAACCCUCCUCCCCCGCACCCGUUGCUUAUAGCAACAGUGCCAGGGAGCGCAACCGGGAACGGGACAGGGAGAGAGACAGGAGGCUGGCGGAGCUGGGCUUCAGUGCCAGUGAGGACUCUGAGGGAGAGGGAAGUGUUAAGGAGGAGGAGGAGGCGGUGGAGGAGCAGGUUGUGGGAGACAAGCCCCGGCGUAGGGGGGAGGGACCUCCACGGGGCCGCAAGGGGCUCACGACGGAUGGGAAUGACGAGGAGAGCGGGGAGAGGAGUCGGAAGUCUACCCCAUUGCCUCCACCCUCCCCUCUCUCCUCCACCCAGCCUCCACCUUCCUCCGGCCACGGCCCCUCGCCAGGUUCCGAGGGCUUCUCCGGUAAGCGCAGCAACGGCUCUGAGACGCGCAAUGGACGGACGCGGGCGGGGGUGAGGGACCGAGAGACUCAGGAGAAGGAGAACGCCAACAACAGCAGCAGCGGCGGAGGCUCGGUGGCCAACCACCGACACGGAACUGGCAAGGGCAACAAGGGCAACAAGAUCCGUAGCAACAAGCAAACAGGGUCCCAACCAACGUCGAGGAACAGUAGCAACUCUUCCGCUUCUACUGCCACUACCACAUCCAACGGGGGAGGGGAGGGCCUGCUGGGCCCAGGCAGCAACUCCUCAGGGGGCAUGUCAGCCCUCGCCGCCUCACCCCGGUCACAGCCGUCCCGGAUGGCUCCACGCUCGCAGAUGAUGAAACGCAGCCCCCCUGCCGUGCCCUCGCCUCCCCGGCCUGUGCAGAUGGAGCGGCACCUGGUGAGGCCACCGCCAGCCUGCCCCGAGCCCCACUGCCUGCCCCUGGACAGCGGCUCCUCCCACGUGAUGCCCCGCGACGUCUGGCUCCGCGUCUUCCAGCACCUCAGCCAGAGGGAGCUGUGCGUCUGCAUGAGGGUCUGUCGGACAUGGAGCCGGUGGUGCUGUGAUAAGAGAUUGUGGACUCAGAUUGACCUUAGCCGGCAGCGCUCCAUCACCCCUCCUAUGCUGAGUGGUAUAAUCCGCAGGCAACCAGUCUCCCUUAACCUGGGCUAUACCAACAUCUCGAAGAAACAGCUCAUGUGGCUCAUCAACCGUCUACAAGGUCUACUGGAGCUGAAUGUGUCGGGCUGUCCCUGGUCCUCUGUGUCGGCCCUGUGUCAGGCUGCUUGUCCCUGCCUACGUCUGCUCGACCUCAGCCGGGUAGAAGACAUGAAGGACUCGCACCUGAGGGAGCUACUGGCGCCCCCUGCUGACACUCGGACAGCUCAUGGAGAGAGCAGAGGGGGGCGGUUCCAGAACGUAACGGAGCUGCGAUUGGCCGGGCUGGACUUGACAGAUGUCACAUCCCGCCUGUUGGUGCGCUACCUGCCCCACUUGACCAAGCUGGACCUGAGUCAGUGUGGCAAUAUCACGGACCAGACCAUCCACACACUGACCUCCCCCAUGUCUCCACUGAAGGACAGCCUCACCCACCUCAACCUGGCAGGCUGUGUGAAGGUGACGGAGCAGUGCCUGCCCCUGUUACGCCGCUGUGCCUCCCUGCAGAGCGCUGACCUGCGCUCCUGCACCUUGCUCACUCCCGAUGCCUGUCAGCUCCUCUCCUUCCCUUGCCUUUACGAUAGAGUGCUGCUCAAGAACAGCUAAGGGCCUGCGACACCCUCCUCCCGCCACCUUCCCCCACAACAACCACCGCCACACUACAGAGAGAUAAGAGAAUGAGAGGGCCACUGCGAUGUGGGCAGUGAGCCAGCCACUGAGGGAAAAGGACAUGGAGUGGGAGCCACGAAAGAGAAAGGGGGGGAAUGAGCGAACCAUAGACCUUUGCCUACAUUUCUCUGGAUUGACUUGUUUGUGAACGGACAUCUUUGAAAAUGUUUUAGCAUGUACAUAUUCAAUAUCUGUAAAAUGGGUGUGUGUAUAUAAAUGUAGUUUACUGUAAAUUACCCACUCUCCGCCCCUUCCCUCCCUCAUUCUACCUUCACACCAACCAUGGAACACAUUAUCCAGCCGACAUGUGUAAAGGCACUGCACUGCGCCACCAUCUUGAACUAGCAUAAUUUGCACUCCAUAAUCAAUUUCCUCUUUCGUGGUGUCAGACUACGAAGAAUGUACCCAAUGCCAGAGGCUGCGCCCCAUCGGAAGCCGUUUAAUGUACAGACAGAUGCUGGGCUGGUGUUGGUGUGUGUAUGUGUGUCUUUGUAAGUAUGUGUGAGAGAUGUAAACAGUGUUAAUAUGACAAUUGGAGCGAGAAAGAGAUGGAGGUAUGACCAAUGUCCGUCUCCUUUACCACUAAGCUCUCUGCUGCCCUCAAUCUUUCUGGGGGGUAAGGACAUUCAAGGUCCUACAUAUCCUGUUCAAUGGCCGACCGCCACUAGAGCCCAAAACUCCUAGCCCUGACCACAACCCCUUAUUUUCCUCUUGUCCAGCCUUUUUAUGUGCCAUCUCCGCUCUCUUCCCGCCCAACGUGCCAUUCUUAUGUGGUCUGUCCAUCCUUGUGAAUCUGAUUGUCCUACCCUUCCCAUCACACUCCUCCUCUUUACGCCCCGUCUCUCUGCUGCCAUGGCCCUUUUGCAGCUUGUGGUGCCCAGCGUCUGUGCUGUGUGCGUACAUUAUGCAGAGAGCUGGACCUUGCUGUGUCCCGACUGCAAUGAAACCAUGCUUACCGUACUGUUCCAUACCAGACCUGGAAUUCGCCAAGGCUCCUUUCUUCCCUGCUUCACGAUGCCUGGCUGAUGUAACAUUAUCUUGUAGAUGUGCAGACAGGUUCAGUCUAGAUCACUACCGCACGAACUUAGAGUGAAUGACUGACACGUUUUGAAUAUGAAUUGGGAAAACCGUAUCGAUAAGAAAGACCGUCCGUUGCACUGCGCUCGCUGCUCCACGUGGCAGGGGGGAUUCAAACGAAGGCUGACCCUGGUUGGACUUCUGCCUCAGAUGUGAGGGACUUGGAAGAUUUCCCCAGAAUUGGGUUUUCAUGUCAGUGUCCACAUGCUGCGUGUCUUCCAAAGCCAGGAAACAUCCCAGCCCAUCCAACCUGCCUCGCAGUGUCAUUACCUUUAAAGGUCUUGUAGGAUGAGGGUUUGAUUGACACAGUUGCAGCAUUUCCCCAAAUCGUUUCUCCAUUAGGGUACCUCUGUGCAUGCUGGGUUUUGACUCUAAUCACAAAUCCAGUGCAGUAUUUUAUUCAGGCUGAACUUUUUUAACCAAUCCAGUUGAGAACAACGUCAACAGUCAGUUUAUCCUUUUCCUGCUCACCCUAUCAUUAUUAAUAAUGGAUGUUAUCGGUUGAAACCAGCACGUACAGGAGGUCGUUCAGACCAGAGCCCAAGCUGUAUUGAAUUUGGUUGAGCGGGAAAUUGACAGACUUGAGCUGUAUUGAAUUAACAUGAGCAGUAUUUGACAUGCGUAAACGGUAUUCAGCUGAAUCGGGCUGCAUUGGACCAGUUCAGACAGUAGCUAUCGGACUGAUCUGGACUGAUAGGGCCAGUUCAUUCAGUAUUGGACUGGACAGCACUUUGUCCUGCAAUGCUGGACUCAACCAUACCAGGUUGGGUCAAGUGUUUUCCCCUGUCUGUCUGUAUUUCUCUCCUUCAAAAGCGGUUGUCCACUUCCUGAGCCAUGUUGAUCUGUAUUUGUGCUUCAGUGCCGCAGUGGAUCUUACUGCUGUGUGCUAUCUGUAGCUAAACCCCACCAACUGUAGGCAGGUUGGUGGACGGUCUUAAGCCUCAAUCUGUAACUCUCAUCUAAAUCAUGUAUUUCUGUAUCCUUUCAACUAUUCUGUUUGACUUUCAGUGAUUCCAUCCUCAUCGGUUCUGUUUCAAUUCCCAAUGCCAUUAUUAGAACUCAAAUCAGCUUCCUUUGGGUAUACAUAUAGGGCUAGAGACCUGCCAAGUAAAGAUUGAGCGACUAGACAAAUGGUAGUUGUCCCAAUGUAUUCAGUUGUACAACUGACUAGGUCUCCUCCUUUCCCUUUCCCUAAAAGGUUGGUUUGAAAGGUCACAUGCCCAGCUUGGACAGUGAUUUCAUCUUUACCCAGUUGUGUAUUCUAAAUCGCUUCCAGUGUUCCUGUGUGAAUUUAUUGACUUGUGUACAAAGCAUUUGUACCAAGAUUGCACUAACUGAUCAAUCAGAAGACAAUUAAGGAGGGAACACUGCGCUAUAGUGUGCUUUAUUACCCUGAAAGGGUAUCGAUUAAAACAGCCAAAUCAUGAACCUUAAAAAAAAAUUUUUUGAUUCAAAGGUAUAACUAAUUGGCUGUCCAUGCUAGUUACCAUUUAGCUGGGUAGUCCAGCAUGUUUCAGUGUUAGCUCAGGUUGUGUCCUACUUUAGAUCAUAGAUGAAAGUCAUUGUUGUUUGCCACUAAGCUAUGCUGCUUACAGAGCAGAGCUUACCACGUAGCAUCUGUAAUUGUGGUGGGCUGAGGCUUACAGUGACGCAAAUGUCCGAUAGGGUGGGAAAUUGCCUUGUGCCAUACACACUCAUCCAAAUCAAUAUUUCACUUUUUAGACUGAACGGGUCAGUUUUUCUAAAUGUUUGUUUACUUCCAUCAGUAAUGUGGGGUUGUUAUUCCUCCUCGUCAUCCAGUAUGUUCACCAGAGCACAAUCUAGCAUGUCAAAGCAUAUCAAAAGUAAAACUGACAACCACUUUCAGAGAAAAAAUAAAUGUGUGGUGGUUUAUCGGAAUUGAUCCGAUAGUCCGAUAAGGAAAUUAUUCCAGACUCCAAAAUCUGUCAUCUUCUCACCCCCAACCUCCCAGCCUAGUCAAGUUUACUCGGACUUGACCUCUAUAUUGUAGUCUUGUCUCUACCAAACUGUAUUGCACCAGACAGACGCACUGGAUCAACAUUGUCAUCACCACCAUCAUCACCUCUUGCCAAAAUUCCUGCUUUCUUUGAUAAGGGGCAUUGUAUCAAUUUUCUUUUUUUGUUUUGCUCUUGUUUAUUUGUUCGUUGUUUCUUCCAUUGUGUUGAUCAAAAUGAGAAAGAAAAGUAGAACAAUGUGAAAAAGAGACAUAAAAAGAAACUCAAGGCAGCUACUUAUGAGUGACUACUGUAAAAUGACUAACUAAAUAAAGACAGUGGGGUGGUUUUUA